AGGACUCAGAAGUGAACGUAGCAGCGUUUGGGCUCCGCUGAAGAACAGCUUUUAUUUUUAAACCUCAUUCCAUUAUUUUAUGAAUUGUACAUUUGUGUAGAUAGAUAUAUAUAUUUUUUUCUAUUUUUUUUAAAGAACACCAAGACCCGGAGAAGAUGGAACUGAAUUCUCUUUUAAUUUUGCUGGAGGCUGCAGAAUAUUUGGAGAGACGAGACAGAGAGGCAGAACAUGGUUAUGCGUCUGUUUUACCCUUCAGCAGUGACUUUUCCCGAAAGAAAACGAAAGCCACGCCAAUUUCCAGAAAAGCUCAGAACAAUAGAUCAUCACACAAUGAGCUUGAAAAACACAGACGUGCCAAGCUACGACUCUACUUGGAGCAGUUGAAGAAGCUGGUGCCUUUGGGUCCAGACAGCACGAGACACACCACCCUGAGCCUGCUGAAAAGGGCCAAAAUGCACAUUAAGAAACUGGAGGAACAGGACAGAAAGGCUUUAAAUGUGAAGGAGCAGCUUCAGCGAGAGCACCGCUACCUCAAACGGCGCCUUGAGCAGCUCUCCGUGUCGGGGUCCGUGGAGCGCAUUCGCACUGACAGCAUGGGCUCCACCAUCUCCACCGACUCAGAGCAAGAGGUGGAUAUCGAGGGCAUGGAGUUCACCCCGGGCGAGGUGGACAGCGUAGACAGCAUCAGCGACGGGGAGGAGGAGGAGGACGAAGACGAAGAGGAGGACCACUACGGCGUCCAGAGCAGCUCCAGCGACACCAGCUACACAGCCGCACAUUCCCACAGACUGCAGCCGCACCACUGUUAGGCGCCUUCCGUCGCUCAACCAACCAGUUCCUCCCAGCGUUUUGCUUUGCCCUCUCUGAUUCCCUCCCGCCCCCAACGCCGCCUGUUACCUGCGUCAGACCGGUCCACGACAGCGGUACGGCCUCCACCUGUUCCAGGCCACGCCUCUGCAGGCUGACAUGGUAGCCGAGCCCUUCCUGGCAGCCCGCUACCCCCAACGCAUCCUGCCCCCCCACGACCCCUUCUAACCUAGUGUUGCUGCAGGCUCAGACAGCG